AUUUGAUUGUAGGCAAUUUGUUCGCAUCAAUAUCGUUUAGUUACUCGAAUACCAAGAGGAGAGAAGUCUCAAAUCGAUAAAGCCAUGUUGAAAACCCGAAAUAAGCUCACAUUUUACGAUGAAACCACAAAAAUCUGGAAAGGCGUUGAAGAGCCAUGCCCGUUCGAUCCCAACCAAUCGCUUGGAAAACUCAUUUUGAACUCUCUAGCCAAAACACCGUCCAAAAUCACCCAAAUCAGUGCCGACAUCGGUGUUGAGGUUACCUGCGCGGAGCUACGGCUGCAAGCGAUUCGAAUAGCGCAGAAUUUGACCAAGAUGGGCUAUCGAAUGGAUGACGUCUUCACCAUAGUGGCCAACAACGGUCCACUGGUAGCUCCGGUGGUGUUUGCUUGCUUCGCUCUAGGAAUACCCUUCAAUUCGCUCGAUCCCAAGUUCACACGAACAGACUUUGCUCACAUGCUGGGAUUGGUUCAACCGAAGGUACUGUUUUGCGAUCGGGAAACGUUAGACGAAUUACUAGAAGCCCUGAAGAUGGUUGAGUUGAAACCACUAAUCGUACUGUUUGGUGAUCGUGUUCAGGGAUUUGUACACGCGGAAGAUUUGACGAAACCAACAGGAGUCGAAGAAAGUUUUGAGCCAACUCCCAUUGAAGAUCCUUCAAAUCAUCUGGCCGCCAUAGUUUGUUCAUCCGGGACAACUGGUCCUUCCAAGGGAGUAUGUCUUUCACAUUCAACCUGCAUUGCGAACCUGGGAAUAUUCUACGAGUGCUUUCCUGAAGACAUCGUUCUCUCAUUCAGUUCCUUGUACUGGAUUUCCGGACUAGGGUUCUUGAUUCUUGCCACACUGACUGGCGCUACGCGGGUCAUAACCAGGGAAAAUUUUACCAGUGAUUUAGCUCUUGAACUGUUUGAGAAGUAUUGUGUAUCCCUGUGCUUCAUUCAACCUGAGUUUCUCAUACACAUAUUCAGGAAUCCACGUACCGCAAGUACGGAUCUAUCGCAUCUUCGAAUGUGUCCCACUGGAGGUGCCCUUGUAACUGAAGAUAUGAGAAACUGCUUCCGUCGUUUCAUUCCGAAAGCUGAAUUGAUGGUUUGCUACGGAUUCUCGGAGGCUGGAAGAGCUAUGUUCCAUACCAAGGGAAACUAUCAUCGUGGUAAUAGCGCUGGUUAUCUGAUGUCCAACUGUUUGGCCAAAAUUAUCGACGAUGAUGGGAAUGCCUUGGAUAUCGGCCAAAGAGGAGAACUGGUGGUAAAACCAAAAUACGCGUUUAUGGGAUACUACAAGAAUGAAAAAGCUACCACCGAGCUACGGGACUCAGAUGGUUGGCUGCAUUCUGGGGAUAUUGCAUGGAUUGAUGAGGACGGUUUUCUGCACAUCGCCGAUAGAAAGAAGUCCAUUUUUAGGUUCCGUGGCAUUCACAUUUACCCCAACGAACUGGAACUUGUGAUUCGAAGUGUUCCCGGUGUGGUUAGUGUGGUCGUGGCAGGAAUCACUGUCGAUGGAACGGAUCUUCCGGCAGCUCUGGUUAUGAAAGCUGAAGGUGAUGAGCUCGAUGCCAAUCAGAUCCACCAAAAGAUGAAAGCAGUGCUGCCAGAUUACAAACUGUUGCACGGAGGCGUUUACUUUGUUGACUCACUACCGAUGACUCCAAAUGGAAAGCUGGCACGGAAUGAAUGUCGCCUUAUUUUGAAUACGUUGUAUCAUGAGAAGAAAGAGGAAAAGCUUAAAACCCCAAAUAAAAAGUAGAAAUUCAAAUCUAGCUAGGAAUAAAAAAAAAUAUCAAAAAUGCACAAUAAAAAGAUAAUUAUUUUCUAAAACCAUUUUCCCACUUAAGACCGUCACACAAACUCGAUAAAGAAAUAAAUGUAAUUAAAAAUUAAAAGAAUUAAAUUAUCAAAUCAAUAUU